CCCUUUUCUUCUGCCAUCGGUAACGGAAGCGUCCGGAGUGUAAGCAGUGACGUGACCUGCACUGCUACGCUUGGGCUGCUUCCUUCACCCCCGCCUCCUCCCCCAACACAUACACUCCUCCCCACUCUCCGGCCAACAUGUGGGGAGCGAGUUCGGGGUGGGCGGCAGAUGCGAACCCUAACUGUGGUGGUAAUAGUGUGUGUGAAAGCCUCUGUUUUUUUCCAUGUGAACCACCGUACCAGAACAGAGUGCCAGGAAAUGUUUCAAAGAACAUCUGAAGAACUCUUUCCAAAGAUGGAAAGCUCAGUUGAAGAGAUGGAUACCUCUGAUACUCAGUGGGGCUGGUUUUAUUUGGCUGAGUGUGGUAAAUGGCAUAUGUUUCAGACUGAUUCAAAUAGUCAUUGCUCAGUUAGCAGUGAAGAUAUUGAAAGGAGCUUCAGAACAAACCCAUAUGGUUCUGUUUCUUUUACUACUGCAAAAUUUAACUACACACUAGACUUUUCAGAGAUGAAGCAAACCAACCUAACUACCCUUAAACAACGUCCAAUAAAGCGAGCUCCCUUUUCUAUCAGUGCUUUCAGUUUCAUCUGUGAAAAUGAGUCCAUACCUAUGCCUUCACACUGGGAGAAUGUAAAUCCUGAGGAGCCAUAUCAGCUUAUUCCUUUGCAAAAGAAAACAAAUGAAUACAGUGAAGUUUCUAGUCUCUUUGGAAAAACAAUGGAUAGCCACCGAAUAAAAAGAAUAAAGAGAAUACAAAAUCUAGACUUGUGGGAGUUUUUUUGCAGGAAGAAAGCUCAACUGAAGAAGAAAAGAGGUGUCACAACUAUUAAUGAGCAGAUGUUAUUUCAUGGCACCAGUAAUGAAUUUGUAGAAGCAAUAUGUAUUCAUAACUUUGACUGGAGAAUAAAUGGAAUGCAUGCUGCUGUAUAUGGAAAAGGGACCUACUUUGCAAGAGAUGCAUCAUAUUCCAGUCGUUUCUGCAAAGAGGAUAUGAAGCAUGGAGAUACUUUCCAAAUUCAUGGUGUGAAUCUGCAGCCUCAUCUGCACAAACCAGAUAAAGUCAUGUUUCUUGCUCGUGUAUUAACUGGCGACUAUAUCAAUGGUGACUCAAAAUACAUGAGGCCUCCUUCAAGAGAUGGAAGUUUUGUGAACUUAUAUGACAGCUGUGUGGAUAAUACCUGGAACCCGAAAAUAUUUGUUAUCUUUGACGCCAACCAAAUCUAUCCUGAGUACUUAAUAGAAUUCUGUUAAGUUUAAUGAAGCUGAACUGAAUAUUUGUGUCUUCUUGGUACUUUUUUUUUUUCCUUUCACAAAAGCAACAACAUGAAAACCCAAACUGUGAAAGGACAGAGAUGAAAGAAAAGCUAGCAUACGUUUAUGAAGCUGUUAAACAUUUAAGAGAGAUUGUCCAUCUGCUUUUAAAAAUUUGUAAACUCACUUCACUAAUGCCUUUUUACAAUGUGAGGGAGUAUUACAAGUCUGAAAUUGCUCAAUGAGUGCAUUAGUAAGUUUUUGUUCAAAGACAAGACUUAUGUUCCGAGUUCUUGAAAAUAUGUUGCAAGUAGUUAUUUGUGUGGUAGUAAUAUGCUUGUAAUACUGUAGCUCUGUGAUUAAACAAACCUUUUAUAAAGAUUGUUUGUAGGACUUAAA